AUGCCGCCAACAACGCAGAACAGCGCGCAGGCUGCGCGUCCUGCUAUAAUCCAUCACGAUUCGAGGAAGACAUCGGGCGGUGCCAAGGAAAGUCCGUCCAAUAACUCCGACGGCCAUACUGGUCAGUCUCCCCGCCAUGGUCACCAGAAAUUUGUAUUUACCGACCCUGUCGCUCUCCGAUACCUUGAAGAGGACCCCUCGACGAUCGUGCUACACCGGCGUCUGGUACUGCAAGGUUAUGAGAUAUACGUUGUUGAGCAAUGGGCAUGUUCGAGGAUCCACCCUACAUUUAUAAUUACAACUUACACCGGGGACACAUCGCACAAGGUCACAGUUGGGGUGCUGGGCGUUCCUACUGACGAAUCUACGUGGUCCCCUCGUCUGCAGCUGUAUGUGAAUGCUGUAACGCAAUGCCAAGCACGGAGGAAAGAGACAACGCUAGGAACUCUUAUGGUUACGGAUUUGAGCUCGUUUCCCUCGGCCCUGACCGUCAUCCCGGUACCAGAUGGCGAUGUCAUCAAGCAUAAGGACGAUUUUCUCGUUAACGAAAACCUCAAAAGACUUAAUUGCUCAGGUCGCGCCGGCUUGAAGCUACAACCACCCGCAUCAGCGACCGAAGCGAAAUUCCAUCAGCUUUACCGGACAAGCGAGAGGGUACCUCUGUACAAUGCGGUCCUUGAGCUGGUGAAACAAUGCCAGAUUGCUUUGAUGAUGUUCGGCAAUCUAGCGCCGGAAUAUGUGGAUGGACUGCUAUGUGAUGUCACGGAAGCAGCAAUCAGUGACUGGUGGACGGACAUGGGGAUGGACCUGUAUAAUAUUGAACCGAGUGAUGGCGGCCUGGGGCCAACUACCGUGGCAGCUUUAUUAGGUACUCUUAUGGGAGCCCGAAAUCGACUUCACGCUUUCGGUGCACCUGUUGGAAAGGAUGCAUUCGAUAUCCACAAUCUUAAAAGAGGCAUCAGCAGCUUUCAAAAGUCUCAGAAGCUGAAAAGAACACGGAGGCUGGACCGCCAAACUUUGGACCGACUGCAUCGGGUCACUGCAAAAGCUGCGAAUUCGGAAGGGUGGACAGACGCCGUCAAGUCAACGAUGGCAGAGCUUAGUGGACACGGCGGGGAAAUGGUUAUGGGUAUGGUACGGGGCCGAGAGAAAGGGGGUAUUGCCGAUAUCGAGACUCUGGAUAUUGAUAACUUUGCCCAGUUGGUGAACGGUGAACGGGCAAAGUGGCUGUGGAGGGGAAAGCCGCGCAAGAGCGGCGAUGGCCAUAUCGGCGGCCCACCAGCUGCAGAUAUGAUGUUUACAACGGAUGACCAAGGUGGUUAUGUAUGGACAAGCCGCAAAAGUCGCUCGAAUGAGCAUCUUGCUACCGACAACUCCCUUCAAGGACACGACCGCUCAUUGAAGGUACCAGCGCCCGCCGUUGAUGAGAAAGACCAGAACAUCGGUAGAAUGGUGCGAAGAGGAGUUAGUGAGAGAGUGUCCGACGCACGAAUAGGAUUUGGCAAGUUCAAAGAUGCGGUUGGACUUCGUUCUCAUGUGCCAAAACAGACUAAAGAGGGAGUGGAUCUGAUUGGCGAUGCAGCUUACAUUCCACAGCUAGAAAGCGACACAGAGAUAUCGCAUUCGAAACCCACUGUUGAUGGAAGUUAUCAAGUAGAGCUUGAAAGUGCCCAGGAUCACGAAGUUCGAACGUAUAAUGACGAAUCUCCAGCUGAACCACCACUGGAUGCACUUUCACCAAAGGCAUUGGACGCUCGGCCCCCUGCUAUAAGAAUCGAGUCUGUAAUAUCUAAUGAAAGCUCAGAUUCAUCACAUAAAAUAUUAAUGAACCGACCGGACGAGGAGUGCCAAGAUCUAGAGCGAUGGAGGACACGAUCAACGGAUAUGUCGGGCGACCAAGAACAGGCCUCGGAGCUUGUAUGUAUGUCGUUGCGUCGACCACAGAGCUGUCCCGAGCUCAAUUUUCAUCAUGAUGCCCUACAAAGAGGCGGAAACUGGCCCCGACACCUGUCCUUCAGCACCGUCGAAGACGUUAUGCUAGGCUGGGAAGAAUUGGUAGGCAGGGGAAGUGCCUUUGAGAACUCCGAUCUUACUUUGGAGGAGGCUAUUGUCCAGGAAGACCUAUUAGCAACCGACGCGCAAAAUUUCGCCCUCCGUAUCCAAGAAUUGCGCGAACACACUGUUCCCUGGGUCGAAAAACAAGUUGACUCUGUCGACUUCUUGAAUACGGUUCUAUACCAAUGCCAUGAGAAGGUGAACGCGGAAUACAUGGAACAACUCAACAAAUAUCAAGCAAUCAGGGAUCGAUCCAGCGAUCUGUUAACUGAAGAGCAUUCAUCGCUAACCGACCACAUGAGGCGGAUUGAAAUGUUAGGCGCAAAACUGGACUAUGAGCUCAACGUACUCAGUUCUAAAAUCGAGGAUGUUGAGACUGGGCUCGGAGAGUUUGAACGGCAAGUGAAUGAAAUGGAGCUGAGAGUCAAGACGUUGAUCCGAGGCGACGAAGAGAAACAGAGCAGCUCAUGGCUGGCUUGGCUGCGAGGGCUGAUGGGCUGA